UCCGGUUUGUGUUUUUCGUCUUCGCUGCAGAGCUCACACACCCCCACACACGCGCACCGUUUAUAGAGCUGCUCUCUCCUCACGAGCAACAGCAGCGCGAGACGAGCCAUUUGUAGAGAACCGGGUCUUACGGAACAGGAGACUAGCCUGGCAGAACCGGCCCAGGCUGACGGAACCGCUCUGCUGUAACCCGGAUCCGUCGGUUCUGACUCUGCAGCAGAAGAGCUGGAUCGAAGCCGGUUAACUGGACCAAGGUUGAUGAUGAUGAUGAUGAACUCCUCUACAGAGAAGAUGAAGAAGAAACCUCCCAAAGACAGCCUGACUCUCCUGCCAUGUUUUUACUUUGUGGAGCUGCCCAUCGUGGCUUCUUCUAUGGUGUCGCUGUAUUUCCUGGAGCUGACAGAUGUGGUCCAGCCGGCUCAGGUGGGUUUCCGCUGCAACGACAGAGACCUCAGCAUGCCGUAUGUGGAUGGAGGAGAUGAGCUGAUCCCACUGCUGAUGCUGCUGAGCCUCGCCUUCGCCGGCCCAGCUGCUUCGAUCAUGUUGGUUGAAGGAGUGAUGUACUGCCUGCAGUGCCGAAUGAAGAUCCGUAGAAACGAAGGAAGCAUUAACGCUGGAGGCUGCAGCUUCAACUCCUUCCUGAGGAGGACUGUCCGUUUUGUGGGUGUCCACGUCUUUGGGUUGUGCGCAACGGCAUUACUAACCGACAUCAUCCAGCUGUCAACGGGUUACCACGCCCCUUUCUUCCUCACUGUCUGUAAACCCAACUACACUCUGGCAGGCGUGUCAUGUGAUAAAAACGCCUACAUCACCAAAGACAUCUGCUCGGGACAUGACCAGCACGCCAUCAUGGCUGCCAGGAGAACGUUUCCUUCCCAGCAUGCCACUCUGUCCGCCUUUGCUGCUGUUUAUAUUUCUAUGUACUUUAACUCAACAAUCUCGACCCGAACCAAACUGCUGAAACCGGUUCUGGUGUUUGGGUUUGCCAUUGCUGCAGGAUUGACGGGUUUGACUCAGAUCACGCAGCAUCGCAGCCAUCCCAUUGAUGUCUACGUGGGCUUCUUGAUUGGAGGAUUCAUCGCAGCCUACCUGGCUCUUCAUGCUGUUGCCAACUUCAAGUCUUCUGAUGACAUCGCUCAGCCUCCGCCUCCCCCGCCGCUGAAGGACGACCCUCUUCGUGCGCUGACAGAGCGAGGACACGACUCUGUCUACAAUAAGGGCCCCGCCUCUGCCUCAGAGAGUAAUGAUGAGAUCACGGCGGCCCCAGCCCCCAUCGACCGGCUGGAGGGCCUGGUCCCCCUGCAGAGGGAGAAAGACUCUAUGGGGAGCCUGAAGAGGGCCAGUGUGGACGUGGAGCUGCUGGCCCCUCGGAGUCCCAUGGGAAAGGAGACCAUGCUGACCUUCAGUAACACGCUGCCCAGGGCCAGUAUGAAAGUGGAUGGUGUGUUCUGUUCCAACAAGGACCCAGAGGACCCAGUCAUGCCGGUCCACUUGGUUCAGAGACGACUGAAGGCAGUUCAGAUACCGCUGGACCCAAUGCAGUCGCAGCAGCUUGUUUCAGAGUGGAAGCAGAAGUCGAUGGAGAUGCGAGGCCAGAGCGUCCGGGAUGAGGCAGAGCAUGAAGUUGGCGAGGACAGUUCUGAGGGGGGUUCUGUUGGGACCGACGAUGGGGGAUCUCAGGUCCAGAUCUACCAACCAGCAGUCCAGUCUGGAAGGGGUAAUGCAGGUCGCAACCCCAGUCCACCUCCAGGUGGCGCCAAAGCCGUGCCGACUCCUAGACCGCCACAGAUGGCUGAAGCUGGACCGCCGCCGGUGUCCCCAAAGAGCGCCCUGACUCGGGCCAAGUGGCUUGCCAUCCGGGAGAAGACCAGUAAGGAUGGGUCGGGUCGCGGUUCUGGCGGUCAGCCGCGUCUCAUGCAGGUCAUCGCCAUGUCGAAACAGCAGGGCCUUCUCCCCUCCUCUUCUUCAGAGACCACCUCCACCUGUUCCGGCCCAUCUUCCACCGCCGACUCUCCACGUUACCGGACCCCCUCUGAGCCCCAGUGGGACGGUCCAGGGAUUGUCACUGUGGAUGCCCACGCCCCCCGUCAUCCGGUAGUCCACGUCCCCCACCCUCCUCAAGCCCCACCUCUCACUGGUAACAGAAAUCCGUGGUCAUGGGCAUUGGUGUCCAAUGGGGACGACCUGCGAGAUACCUACAACCUAAACAACCAGAACCGGGCUGACCCAGCUGGCCGCAACAGCAGCUUCUGCCCACGCCGAUCAGCUUCACCAAGCACCGCCAUCGACCCCAGCCUGCCACAGAUGGAGGCGUCAGCUGAAGCUCAGCACAGGCAGAUGGCCAUGAGGCGCAAGACGGCACUGGUUCUGCUGGACCGAGAGAUCCAAAACCAGACGGAGCAGGAAAACUACUACAAGAGUGUACACCUCUCCAAAUGAAUGCUUUAUUCUGACAUAUCACUAUGCAUCAAAUGGAUUUAACCAGAACCAGAACCAUGGACAUGGAAACAGGUCCAACAUGGCUCUGUGACAACGUUCACGGUGCUGGUUCUCUGGACAGGAAACUGGGUCAUUUCCAUGGCAAUUCAUCCAGCUAAUAACCUAAAAUCAGAGAGCACAGAGACAGUUUUACACAUGGACCAAACCAGAACAAGAACCACCACAACCAUCCACCAGAACAGUGCAACAGAACCAGAACCCUGCACCAGAACCAGAACAGUGCGACAGAAACAGAACCCUGCACCAGAACCAGGACCAUGCAGCAGAACAGAAACAUACUUUAGAAUCUAAACCCUACACCAGAACCAGAGCCAUACAGCAGAACCUGAACCAGUUUUAUAGUUGCUGUUGUUGCCUUUGUGUUGUGAUGGCUCAGUUACCAUAGUGAUUCUUAUCGUGCUCUCUGAUUGGUCAUGUUCCUGCUGAUUCAAACUGAAGUUUGUAGAACCAGAACUUUGAGGAUUCAGUCAGUUUCAAAUUAAAGAGUGAGACCAUCCUGAUGUUCCUCUGCCAAGUCAUCAUUCUUGUUUCUCCUGAGUGACCAGAAGACUGUUAAGUCCAGAAGAAACUGUUCACGGUAAACGGUUCAUCUCAGAUUAAAUUGUUCAUUUUAGGAAUGAAUUGACCAUCCUGAACUGUUGAACUCAGAAUGAACUGUUCAUUGUUCAUGAACAGUUCACCCUAAACUGUUUAUCUCACAACAUACUGUUAAUCUCGGAAUGAGCUGUUGAUCUACAAACUCUUCAUCUCUAAAUGAAUUGUUCACCCUGAACUGUUCAUCCCAUAAGAAACAGUUUUUCUCAGGAUGAACUGUUCAUCGUAAACUUUUGAUCUCAGAACACAUUAUUCAGAAUGAAUGGUUCAUCUAACAAUGAACUGUUAAUCUUAAAAUGAACUGUGCACCCCACAACAAACUGUUCAUCUCCGAUUGACCUGUUCAUGUAAAAAUGAGCUGUCUGUUUAAACUGUUUAUCCCACAAUAAACCGUUCAUCUCAAAUGAACUGUUCAUCUCAGGAUGAACUGUUCAUCCUAAACUGUUGAUCUAAAUAAACUUCAAGAAUGAAUGGUUCAGCUAACAAUAAAUUGUUAAUCUCAAAAUGAACUGUUCAUCGCAUAUUGAAGAUUGCAUGUCAAGAUUAACCGUUCAUCUAAAUAUUAACUGUUCAUCCUGAACUGUUUAUCCCUUAAAAAAACUGCUAAUAUCAAAUUUAACUGUUCAUCUCAGAUUGACCUAUUCAUGUAAAAAAUGGGCUGUUCACCAUAAACUGUUUAUCCCACAGCAAACAGUUAAUCUCAAAUGAACUGUUCAUUUCAGAAUGAACUGCUCAUUUAAAUUGUUCAUCUCAAAAUAAUCUUUUCAUCCUGAUCUUGUCAUCUCUUAACAUUCCAGAACAAACUGUUCAUCUGAGAACUAAGAUCUGUUUGCCCUGAACUGUUCAUUCCUUGGCAUCUCAAAAUGAACUGUUCAUCUCAGAUCACACUUUUCAAGGUGAACUGUUCACUUUGGUUUGUUGUCCUGCUAACAUUCUGACUUUCUACAGAACGAAGAAGUUUCCUUAAAAUGUAUAAACAAUCUGAAAGCUGGAGUAUUGAGACACAGCAACCAGAACUGGUCUGGAGCCAAAUCCUCCUGAGGUCCAAUGAGAGUUUUUGGGUGUUGAUGGAUGCCUUACUGUUAAUCUGUUGUUUUUGCAUGUGAUUCCAGGUUUUACAUCCUGAAAUCUGACUCUGUGUUUCCAUCUGAAUGUAAAACUUUGUUAAUCUUGAAUCAUGUGAUCGAAGUGUAAAAAAAGAAAUUGCUGCUAUAAAAAUAAGAUGAUGGUGAAGAUGAAGAUGCUGCAUGCUCUGUUCUCGUCAGGAUAAAAAGUCUUAAUUAAAACUCUUCGUCAUC